AUGAACUAUCAUAAGCAAAAAUAUUUCAUUUUAUUUUUGGGUUUAUUUUUUAACCCAACAUACGGCUGGAAAACAACAUUAGAAAUAUUAAAGGACAAUGGAAUUACGGGAGAAGUACACUAUGUAACAACAGAAGACGGUUACAUAUUGACAAAUUAUAGAAUAAAUGGAGGUGAAAAUUCAACACCAGUUGUUCUAGGCGUUGGAAUAACAUUUGAUGGAUCCAGUUGGUUAAUGCGAGGACGAAAUGAUUCCCUUGCGUACUUGCUGGCUGAUCAGGGCUAUGAUGUCUGGUUGAUUAAUAAUCGAGGAACUGAUGAUGGUUUAAAACAUGUUAAUUUAACAUCAGAUGACUCAAAAUUUUGGGAUUUCACUUUUCAUGAAAGUGGAGUUUAUGAUCUUCCAGCGAUAAUUGAAUACAUAAAUUAA